CGUGAGGUACCCGCGCAGGGUCCAACGCGACUUCCCAACAACGAAAUUAAGCUCGUCCACCCCGGGGCCCUGCGAUUCCAUCACCCGCACCCUCUCCUACUACCGGCUCAUCGAUCAGCGGCGCCUUGCGAAAGUUGCGAUGGCGUCGGGACGCGAUGUGCGCGAUAUGCUCGGGCUGCCUGCUGCCGGCGGUGAUGCGCCAAAGGCAGUAGGUCCAGCAGCCGUGGCAGCGCAGACUCAGAAGCGCUCAAAGCCUGCAGGAGGGAGCAGGAAGAUACAGGGCGUUGCGCGCGAGGUUGCUGCGCUAUAUGGCGAACGGCCGCCACCUGUCGCCGUCUACGAGGAGAAGAAGGCGUAUCGGGCGAAGAGACAGAGCACAGGGCCUGCAAAGAGAUGGGUACAACAGCCAUUUAUGAAUCCGGCGCGCAACGAUGGCCUCGUCCUCAAGCACUGGCGGCGCAAGCCCACGACCGCACCACCCGUACAGGAAGCCGACGACGCGCCGAUGCAAGAAAGCGACACCGCCGAUAACUAUAUCGAGACGUGCGCCGACUACGCCAAAUACGACAUCAAAGUAGACAUGCCUGGCUUCACAGACGAGGAAUACGACCAGUACCUACGGAGCGACGACUGGAGUCGCGAGGAGACAGACUACUUGUUCGAAGUAGUAAAAGACUACUCGUAUCGCUGGCCUGUGAUAUGGGAUCGCUACGACUACAAGCCGACGCAACCACGUCCAUCAGAACCUGCGAACAGCGAGGAUCAAGCGCUAGCCACCAUGCCCUUUGCGCCCUCGAAGAAGCGGUCGCUAGAGGAUCUCAAAGCACGUUUCUACGAUAUCUCAGCCAAGCUCAUGAAGCAGCGUAUACCAGAAGUCUCCAUGGACGCCGACCAAUACAGCCUCUACGAGAUGCUCACAAAGUUCGAUCCGGUUAUGGAGCGGAAUCGAAAGAUGUUGGCCACGGCACUCAUCAACCGCACAAUGGACGAGGUCAAAGAGGAGGAGUUCCUGCUCACCGAGCUCCAGCGCAUCAACAUGGCAGCCAACCGUCUCGAUGCCGAGCGCGAAGAACUCCGGGCACGACUGGACGCACCACCGCAGAACCAGGCAGUCUCCGCAGGACUACAAGCCUUUACAUCAUCACAAGCCCUCCAAGCCCUCUUCCAACAGCUGUUCCAGCAGGAUCGGAGUAAGAAACGCGCAUCUGGCGGUGGAACAGGACCUGGUAGACUCAGCCUCUCCGCAAACGAUAUGGUACACACUCCUGGUUCAGCACAACAACAGCUCUCAGCAGCAAAUCGACGGCAAAGCAUGGCACAGAAUCAACAACCCACCGCCCAGACGCCUGUCAAGCACCUCUCUCCACAUCAAGAGCACCGCUUCAACGUCUCAACACACGACAGACUUACCUCGGGUGUCACAUUUGGCUCGGACAAGUUGCUUAAAAUGCGACAAGCCAAGAGCAAUGUCCAGACCCAGAAGAUCGGCCAAAUGCUCGCGGCAUUGGGCGUCAGUGACAUCGUCAGCAUACCAACAAGCAAGGUCGGCGAAGUCUUUGAGAAUCUCGUCUCGAAAGUUAGCAAACUACUCGACGUACGUAAGGUCCGCGAGAAGGAGGAGGGAGAGUGCAAAGUCUUGCUUGCAAUGAAGGCUCGACGAGACGGCGGCGGCGAAGGAGGCGAAGGACAACCAAAACAAGAAGUCCCUGAUUCACAACACCAGACACCCGGUGGCGACGACGACGGCGACGGCGACGGGGAGAACGACGACGAGGAAGACGAAGACGACGUUAACAAGAACUACGGAGAUGAUGCCGAAGCCGAUAGGGAUGACCACGAAGACAACAACGACGCUGAUAACCCCGACGAUGACGCCGAAGGCGAGGAAGAUGAGGGUGGUUUUAACGGCGAAGACGACGAUGGCGACGUGGAUGCAGAAGGCGAAGAUGAGAGCAGUAAACAGCAGUCUCGAGCGACUAGUCAAGGCGCACCGGGUCAAAGCCAUAAGAGGAGCGCUAGUGUCUUCUCGCAAGGCAGUGAGGUCAGUAGCAAACGGGCGAGGAAAUGAGGGUUUUGGCUUUUGACUAGAGGUCUGUUUUCUGCUUUUGAACUUCUGCUUUUGGUAGCAUAGCGAUGGCGUUGGAUUGGAUCGGCAAGAAGAAGGGAAAAUAUCUGUCAUUGGGAACAUGAUACGGAUAUGCAUAUGGAUGGGACUGGGAUAGCCCUAUUGGUAUUGUUAUCGAUGAU